AUGUCGGACGCCCAUGCCUUCCCCGAGGUGGCGCUGAUCAACCCGCCGGCCGUCGCCGUCGGCGCCCGGACUCCCGUGGAGGUCCACCUCUCCCGCCCCGCUCCCGCCGAUCCACCUAUGUGCGUCGCCGUGUCGAUGAAGGGCGAGAGGGGCGUCCGGAACCCUCUGGAGCCGAACGUCGACACUAUCACAAGAUGCCAGUUGGAGCCCACCGUGCCCGGCAUCAUCGACGUUUGCGUCUGCUUCCAAGAUAGCUCCCGAUUGGGGCAGAGGGGCGUGCUCCUGGCGCUGCCCACAGCAGCCUGCGGGGACCUUUGUGGACUUCCUGAGGCGGCAGCAGAGCACGUGCGCGGCAGGGACGCCGAGUUUCUGUCGUGUUUUCUGGACCUCACAGUUGAGCAGGCCACGUCGCUGGAAGCACGAGACUUGGAGAGGAGAAUUCGAAGGGCUGUCUGGAAGAAGAAUUCUCAGGAGCUGUCGAAGGAUCUGGGGUCAUACUUGAGUCAGUUGUGGAACAGUCCGCCUGGUGUUUUGCCCGCUAGGGCGAGGGAAAAACUUCACGACGUCGUUGGGUACCUCGUACAGAACAGGUGCUGGGAGGCCGCGUCCUUCCUGUUGAAGACGAGCUUGGAGCACGGGGUGGAGAUCAGCGUCUGUGGCGCGACGCUCACAGAACAUGACAUCGAGCCGCGGGGCCUGCAGGCAGUGAUGGGGCGCCUCCAGAAAGCGCUCGGCAGGGAGGACCUGUAA